AAGUUCCUUUUCAAUAUCAACCUGAUUCUUACUGAAACCCAUUUUUUGCACGCCGCCUUUUACUGUCACAAUUUUAUUCCCACCUGAAGAUGCUGACUAACAAUGAGUGGUUACAGAGUGGCAGGAAGAUGUGCCCAGUGGAUGUCUGUGUGUCACAAGAACAAUGUCAUGGGACAUCUAAAAAGGUGGACACUAUUAUUUCUGGGAACCUCUCCCACCAUAUGCAACAACUGCAAAUACAGAGCACAGAAGAUGGCAGCAUAAUUGCAACAUCAAACCCAUCCCUGCACCAAGAGGAGAAGGCAUCAACAUUCCUUGACAAAACGUUCCGUACCACUGAAACAUUGGACUGGGACUCAGUGCUUUGCGAUCUCCAGCAAUAUUAUACAGGUUUCCAGAAUGCUAUAGGCCUUUUGCCUGGUAUGGACAUUCGAGGAAGUAGUGGGAGCCAGUCAAUUUUUCCCACUGUCAUUUGUAAUGAGACAGAGGCAGAAAGCCCUGACUACUCUCAGAAUACUUUGUAUUCUGAAACUGUGAAUGGCUAUGCUGCUCUUCUUAGCAAUGACAUCAUCAAUUCUUUACUCGGGUCUUCUUCGCAAGAGCAGCCCCAAAAUGAACACUAUAAGGCUGCAGAAGCAGAGUCUGUAUAUUGUGGCAAUUCAUGUUUACAGGACACAUUUCCUACAUAUGCAAAUGCAGCACAAAGAGACACAGAAUGCCAUUGGUCAUGCAUGCCAGGUGGAAACAUUGAACAUUUUGGGGCGCAGAUACAGAAUAUAUCUUCCUUCACUGAGGAGCUGUCUUUGGAUGUUAUUAGUGAAGUCUAUCAGGAGGUAAGUCACAUGGCAGGGAGUGUUAAAGUUCUAAAUGAAGACCUUUCAAAUGCAGCAGUUGCUGUUCCUGUUAAAGAGAGAGAGGGUCUGUCAAGCCCAUUAAGUUGCAGCCCAGUGGAGGCAUUUUCAGCAGAAAUGGUCAAAGAACUAACAGCUAUUUGUGUCCAUAAAGCUGCUGUUGAAAGGGUGUCAUUCAGUUCUACAACCUCCUUGACCAAACAAGACAGCAGCGUAAGACAGUGUCAUCAAGAGGACUCUGGUAUCAGCAGCAGCGAACUGAGGUGUGCUGCUUCCAUGGAAUGUGCUGACAUUUCAGCACAAUCGCCUGUAAUGCAGAAGGCGACUGAAGUGGCCUACAAGGAGACAGCAGUAUCUAAGUGGCAGACAUAUUCUGAAGAUUAUCUGGAAGGAAAUGACAACCCAAGAUACUGUGAGGAACAUUCAUUGCCAAUGGAGGAGGAUCAAUCCAGUGAAUCCAAAAACUCAUCAGAAACUUCAGUAAAAAUUGCAGUAACAAACAAGAGAUCCCUUGAUUACCCCACUGCCCCUCCAUCAACCCCUAUGCAGUCCAGAAAGGGCAGCAGUCGAAGAAGCUUUGUUCGCAAACUGAAAAGGGGGCUAGCUAAAGAAUUCCUUCCUAAGCCCCCUCCCCCAACACCAAAGGAAUAUGCUUCUGGCAUCUCCAUGGGAAAUAAGGACCAUAGGGGGGCAGAGUUUGUGGCUAAUCUUAUCAAGUCAUUGGCUUUAGAGGUUUCCAGAAUGGAACAUGAAGCAAAUGAAGAGGUCCCCAAGAGGGAACAUCUUGUAGAGCAGAGUAAUGUUUGUGCUUCUGUAAAGUCACUGGAAAAUGCAGUGACACAUUAUGCCGGUCAGUUGGCUAACAGUGUGCUUUGUUUAGGCAUUGAGGCAGUAUGCAGCAAUACAGAUAGUGUCUCUGAAAUCAAAGAUUGUUUUUACUGCCCUUCUGAGAAGACUACAUGUAUGGAAUCAUGCUUUAAGGCCUGCACUAAUCUUUUAGGAGAAGAUUCAUUAGUUUCAGACUCUAAACAUUCAGACUUUUGUUUCAACCAAAGGGAGAGUAUAAAUCAAGAGCCAGAAACACCCAAAAAUCUAUGUCUUAAAACAAGUUAUGAUACAAGUCAAUUUGCUCAGAGAAGCAAAACUGCUAACCGGAGACCUUUCAAAGACACUUUGCAGAGAUCGCCCAGUGGAAGGAAAUACAGUUCACUGUACCCAGAUGGUACAAAUAAAGAACCAUCAGUCACGCAAAAUAUGGAGCAAAGCUAUAUAUGGAGCUAUGCUGAGAAGCUAUGCAAUAAUAUAUUUAAUAAAUGGUUAAAGCAAGGUAUUCGAAGAGAAAAAUGGCUGGAUAGUCUAGAGCACUCAACGUAUGAAUUCUCUAAACCAAAUCCUGUGAAAAAUCUCAGCUCCUUAGGAGACCAAUGUGCAAAAGAUGUGAUACAGGACACCCUGCAGACAUUAGCUACUAAGGCUUCUGUACAAACUAAAUUCUCCCAUGAUUCAAGUAUGGAAUCAGUGGAGAAGAAGUGCACCUCUGACUCACAUUCCUGUGCUCCCACACCUGACAAUUUGCAGUCUACAGCAAAAUGCACUAAUCAAAGUAAUGAGAAACAAGUACAUAUUAAAAGUGCUGAAUCAGGCUACAGUUUAGAAUUGCUUGCAGAAGAGCACAUGGAAACAAUUAAAGGCACUCUGUCAAGCCAAGAGGGUAGACCACAGAUUUCAGACCUAUCUGUUAACAUUCUGGCUAUGACAAAUAAGAGUGUGCAGAAUUUUGUUAGUGCAUUGCUUCAGAGUGUUCUCUGUGAAGUUAUCAGUGCCCCAGAUGGACAUGAAGUGAGUAUUUUCAGUGAUGCAUUUCCUAAUGAGCAACACUCCAUCAUGCCAGAAUAUAACAUUCUAAAUCAAGCCAUGAGGGAAGCAAGGCCCAUUUCUUCUCCAUGCCAAGAAAAUUUACAUCAGAAAGGUAACACGUCAAGAAUUAUUGUUUCAAGUCCUGUUUGCAGUAAAUUCUGUGCAGAUUUACAAUCUCAGUCUUCCUUGGAAAAUGCAGUUAUUGACAAGACUGAAAACAUGAGCCAUGUAAAGGCAGACAAAGCCUACGUCAACUGUCUUGUUGACGAUCUAUUACAGUCAUGCUUAAUGGAAGCAUGUAGAUACAAUGUUACUGAUUCCAAUGUACCCAAGACAUGUUCACAACCACCAUACACAACCUAUAUGUGGAAUCAGUCUGAAGAAACAAGGAGUGUUCAGCUUAUUAAUGAAAGUUGUCAGCUGGAAAAAUCACACAUUGUCAACCAAAAGGUCUCAUCCAGUAUUUCAGGUGCUCCCUGCUGUUACAUGGAUACACAGGAAUGCCCACAGAUGACGGUCAGUAAGAAGACUAAGGUACACAGAUACAUGGGCAGUUGCUGUGGUCAUAGCAGACAAGCUAGUGCACAUUUGGAAGAAGUUUCCAUGCUUUCUGAAGCUGCAUCCUGCCCUGGGCUAGCACUGGAAAACCAGGCAUCACAGAAAGACAUAUGCAGGGUCCAGCUUCAAGUCAUCCUUCAGUGGGCAGCAGCCUCCCAGCUGUAUAUUCCAAGGCUGAGAUUUAUGGAACCAGUAGAAGGAGCCUUAAGACAGCUCCCAGGACUUGCAAAGAAGGUGACUGAGAAGGACUGGAAGGUAGGACACCUUCUUCGGGCUGUACAGAGUUACUGUGUGGAAAACAAGAAGCUACUCUUAUCAAGAAAAGAUGUGACUCCAGAGCUGAUAGACUGGUUGAUCAGAAGAACAGAAAUCAACUAGAACAGUUCUAAGCAAUAUAAUUUCUUCAAAAUAUAUACAAACCCACUGACGUUUUCUAUUUUCCUGAAGAACCCAAAGAAGGAAUAAUAUAUGAAUCUGAUGGGGAGUUGUACAGUCUUCUGGGAGGAAAGCGAUCAUACUGGAGGAGAAUGACUUCAUAACUUACGACUCACUUCUUAGAUUUAAUUUUGCUGCCAUACCUUUCAGCUGUCUCAAAAUUUUGUUCUGGUAUUUGUUCCGCCUCUCCUAAAUGUUGAGAUUUGUUUGAAAAGUUCUUGUCUAACAGUGCCAAUAUUAAAAAAUGUUUCUAGUUUGGA